CUCCCCUCCUCACUCUUCUCGCAGCCGCCGCCGUCGUCGUCUUCGAAGCCCCUGCCACCGGAGAUCUCCCGACCUCUCCGAGCGCCGACCAACCGGAGAUCUCCCGGUCCCUCCCUCCGCCAUCAUGGGUAAGACACGUGGUAUGGGAGCUGGGCGCAAGCUCAAGACCCACCGCAGGAACCAGAGGUGGGCUGACAAGGCAUACAAGAAGAGCCACUUGGGCAAUGAGUGGAAGAAACCCUUCGCUGGAUCAUCUCAUGCCAAGGGCAUCGUUUUGGAGAAGAUUGGUAUUGAGGCCAAGCAGCCUAACUCUGCCAUCCGUAAGUGUGCUCGUGUUCAGUUGGUGAAGAACGGGAAGAAGAUUGCUGCCUUUGUGCCCAAUGAUGGUUGCCUGAACUACAUCGAGGAAAACGAUGAGGUGCUGAUUGCUGGAUUUGGUCGUAAGGGACAUGCCGUGGGAGAUAUUCCCGGUGUCAGGUUCAAGGUUGUCAAGGUAUCUGGUGUGUCGCUGCUUGCACUCUUCAAGGAGAAGAAGGAGAAGCCUAGGUCUUAGAUUGCUCUUUUGAUAGGCAAGGAAAGAAUGGACUGUUAAGGUUUGGGAUGUUUGAGGAGGAAAGUUGCCUGCUAUGUUUACUGUGUCCUAUAUAACCUGAAGUUGUAUUAGCUUGAAUUGUUCCUUCUCAGCUGUCGCUUUUGUUAACAGUUGCUAUUAAGAGUUUUGUUUCUGUGAUUUGGAUAUAUUAA